AUGUUUUCAUAUUGCUUCACAUUUGUGGCGACUGUUGCUGUACUCAGUACCGUGAUUGUUCAUGCUGCUUCUGGAACAUUGAUCGCAAUACCUACCAUUGCUUCACACACUUGUUCAUCGACAGGUCCAGAUAGAAUUACAGGCUCACUCUGUAUUUCCAAAGCAGAUUUCGCAUUACUGUCAGCACAAAAGGAGUCUUUUGAAUCGUGUUUUACCAAUCAGUUGCGAUUAUCGUCAUCUUUGAAUAUUGGAGCAAUUUUCCAGGUGCACGGAUUUGAACAGUUAGCCAAUGGUGACUGUCAAGUAUCAUACGGAUGCUCAGGAGUCGGCCAUCAACCUUCAGCUCUAACUUGUUUGAAAGCUACACCAGAUUGUGAUGAUUUCAAAACCAUCCUUGGAAAGUGUUGUCAUUCUUCCGGUGCAAUAGGUGGUGGAUUAGGCAUUGGUCUUCAAGCUGGAGGCGGUCUCCUAGGUGGUUUACUGAACCUCGGUUCGUCUUUAAUAGGCGGUUUGUUAGCAGCAGUUUCCUCCCAUACAUGCUUAGCUACAGGUCCAGACGCAAUUACAGGCUCACUCUGUAUUUCCAAUGCAGAUUUCGAAUUACUGUCAGCACAACAGGAUUCUUUUGAAUCAUGUUUCACCAGCCAGUUACAAGCAUCGUCACCUUUGAAUAAUAAAGCAACAUGGAAGGUGCAAAAAUGCGAAAAGUUAGCCAAUGGUGACUGUCAGGUAUCAUACACAUGUUCUGGAGUCGGCCAUCAACCUUCAGCUCAAACUUGUUUGAAAGCAACACCAAACUGUGAUGCGUUCAAAACCAUCCUUGGAAAGUGUUGUCACUCUCACGGUGAUAGUGUAAAAUUAUCAAUGUCGUCAAAUACAACUCUUAUUAAUUAUUUAAAUCAUCUUUCAUCUGAUCUUGAUCGUUAUCUAUCUAUUGGUAUUCUUCUACUUGGUACUAUUGGAAAUAUUCUAAAUUGUCUUGCAUUAUCACAACAACCUCUUCGCUCAAAUCCAUGUGUCUUCUUCUUUCUUACUUCAUCCAUUGCUAGUAUUAUUACUCUCAUCUCUGGUGUUUUGGUUCGUUUAUUAUCUGGUUGGUCAGCAGACCUAACAAAUACUAUUAGUUGA